AGUUCCAAAAAGCCUCCGCUUGGUUGGCAGUAGGUGACCUUUGCCAGAGCAGUUCCUAUGUAAGUGGUGCAGGUGGAAGUUUCAUUGCAAUAAACGAGUGAAUGAGGGAGUAGAAACAGUGAAGGUGAGAAGUUAAAUGAAUGAAUAAAUCACGCGCAGUGCCCUCACUCGUCUUGGGAAUUUCCAGGGCCAACGUCGGGAGUUGGUGCGGAACAAGGACCUUCCAGACAGGGCUCUGGGUGCUAGCUAGGAAACCUGUCAGCCUCACAACCCUUAGGUAGGCGCGGCUCCAAGGUCAGGGUCACCUCGGGCCUCGCAGCAACCCGUCACCUUGACGACCAACUGAAAAAAAAAACUGGUAGAAACGGAAGCAGUCAGAUCAUCUCGCGAUAUCUGGCACGCCGACGCGGGUCUUUCAGGCCUGGGAACCGCGGACGACUCUCGCGAGACUUGCCUGGAGUCGGAGCGCGGGGCCAGGCCGUGGGGAAAGCCGAGCUCCGGUGGGAAACAUGUCGGAGUCAGAGCUCGGCAGGAAGUGGGACCGGUGCUUGGCGGAUACGGUCGUCAAGAUAGGUACUGGUUUUGGAUUAGGACUUGUUUUCUCACUUACCUUCUUUAAAAGAAGAAUGUGGCCAUUAGCCUUUGGUUCUGGCAUGGGAUUGGGAAUGGCCUACUCCAACUGUCAGCAUGAUUUCCAGGCUCCAUAUCUUCUACAUGGAAAAUAUGUCAAAGAGCAGAAGCAGUGACUUACACCUGAGAACAUCUCAGCGGGAGGAGAAGAGAAAUCAUGUUUAUUCCUCAGGAAUACUGAAGUGCCCUGGAGUAAGCUGACAUUCUUCUGUAACAAUGUUAUCAGCAGUGCUUUAAACUCCAGCACACUGUUUAUGUAUUUGAAACCAAGUCUGUUUCUUGUUUUGUAUUUUCUCUCUGGAAAUUGCAAGGAGGUGGUCUUAAAAGAAAUAAAUUAAACAAAAAUAGGCAGCUUA